AUGAGACGUUAGCGCCCCUGGCAGGCAGGCAGGCAGGAAGAAACCAGCUUUGCCGUCUGGAACGUACCUUCCCACCCGGCUUAGACAGAUACCGGUAGUAGGUCACGGAAAGAACGGACGAAUGCACGGCCGCUGCCGCUAGAAGACAACUCAUUCUUUUCUCUCAAAACACCACACAGCAGCUUCACCAUCUUGUUUUUCGCCCUCAAUGGGAUUCUGCUCAUCGUUGUGAACUCUCUUGGCUUUUUGGUUUGUCCGUAGGAGGCAAAACUCUCGCAAUGGGCUACGACUACGCGCUGGUGCAUGUCAAGUACACCAUCCCUUUGGCUGCACUGCUCACCGUCUUCUCAUAUCCCGUCUUCACGCGCCUGGAUGUCGUGAGAACCCUUUUCAUUGUCACAAUCGCCUUCGUCGCCACAAUCCCCUGGGACUCAUACCUUAUUCGAACCAGCGUUUGGACUUACCCUCCUGACGCAGUCCUGGGCCCGACCCUUUAUGACAUCCCUGUCGAGGAGCUCUUCUUCUUCAUCAUUCAGACCUACAUCACCGCUCAGCUCUACAUCAUCCUUAACAAACCCGUGCUCCAUGCGCAGUACCUUAAUUCGCCUGCGACCCUGCCGCAAUGGAUCAGGAGUGGAAAGCUCGUCGGCCAGCUUGCUCUCUUCGGCAGCGUCCUUCUGGGCACCUGGCUCAUCGCCAAGGAGGGCGAGGGUACUUACCUAGGCCUGAUCCUGGUCUGGGCAUGCACCUUUGCCCUCUUCACCUGGACAAUCACCGCCCAUUUCCUCCUGGCUUUGCCGUUGGCAUGCACUGUCCUUCCCAUCCUCCUGCCCACAGUGUACCUCUGGAUCGUCGACGAGAUGGCCCUAGGCCGCGGCACCUGGGCCAUUGAGAGCGGUACAAAGCUGGAGCUCCAGCUCUUUGGUAGUCUCGAAAUCGAGGAGGCCACCUUCUUCCUGGUCACCAACAUGCUCAUUGUCUUUGGCAUUGCCGCCUUUGACAAGGCCGUUGCCGUCUGUGAUGCUUUCCCCGAAAAGUUUGACAAGCCGGCCGAUGCCUUGGCCAUGUCUUUGCUGCGCGCCCGCGUCUUUCCCUCCUCAAAGUACGACAUGCAGCGCAUCUUGGGCAUCCGACAAGCUGCCGCCAGACUGGCCAAAAAGAGCCGCAGCUUCCAUCUCGCCAGUUCCGUUUUCCCUGGCCGUCUACGUAUUGAUUUGACCCUUCUUUAUUCUUAUUGUCGCCUGGCGGACGACCUUGUAGACGAUGCAGCAACCCCGGAAGAGGCAGCCGCCUGGAUCUCCAAGCUUGACCGUCACCUCAGCCUACUCUACAAAGAUCCCGACGCGACCUCGGCGCCCCUUGCCUCCAAGUACGCCGCCGAAAACUUCCCCCCAUCUGCUCUCUCAGCACUAGAUAUGCUUCCGACCUCCCUCCUCCCGCGCGAGCCCCUCGCGGAGCUCCUCAAGGGCUUCGGAAUGGACCUUAGCUUCAGUAACUCUGCCUUCCCUAUCGCCGACCCCGAGGACCUCGAGCUCUACGCCGCCCGCGUCGCCAGCACCGUGGGCCAGGCCUGCCUCGAGCUCGUCUUCUCCCACUGCCAACACGGCCUGCCUGAUUACAUGAAGGCGUACCUCCGCAACACGGCGCGCCAGAUGGGUCUCGCGCUGCAGUUCGUCAACAUCUCUCGUGAUAUCGCCGUAGAUGCAAAGAUCGGUCGCGUCUACCUCCCCACCACCUGGCUCAAGGAGGAGGGUCUGACGCCGGAGGAUGUCCUCAAGAGCCCCAAUAGCGAGGGCGUCGGGAAGGUGCGCCGCAGAAUCCUUGCCAAGGCCUUCGAGCACUACGGCGAGGCCAGAGACUCUAUGAAGUGGAUUCCAUCAGAGGCGCGCGGCGCCAUGAUCGUUGCCGUUGAGAGCUACAUGGAGAUCGGCCGGGUUCUGAUGCGUGACGGCGGCGCCGCGGCGGCGGACGGUAGUGGACGGGCUACGGUUCCCAAGUCAAGACGUAUUUGGGUCGCUUGGAGCACGUUGAUGGCCGCCUAGCCGGGUUAGCUUGAAUUGACCCGUGGCGUUUGUAGGCUACCCUAGCUGGAUUGCUCUCGCCAUCCCAUUUUCCUCCGUUCAGUCUCCUCACUUGCUCGCCCGAGUGGCAUUUUUCUAUAGGCAUUGCCAUAGACAGCAUGGCGUCCACAUGAUGAAAGUUCUAUGAAAUAAAGCGUUGCGACCACAAUUUAUUUAGAUCACCUUCUAUUUCCCGAUGCAAGAUUGGUGAA